AUGGCGCAAACCGUGAGACGUGCCAUCGAGGCGAGAUAUCCUUCCUGUUAUAUACCUAGCAGAAUCAAGGAAAGGAGAGCCAAAGCCAGGGCCCUGAGAAUGGAAAAACAACGUAAACCAGACAAGCCCGAAGACUUUGUAUGUUAUUCAGACAGCGACAGUGAGGAAGAGACGCCCGCACAACAGCACACAAUACUAUCUACGUCGUACAAUUUUGUAGACUAUGUGCGUUCUAGAGAAAUUCAAGCACCAGAGCCUAGAUCAGUGGACCCCUCAUAUGCAACUCGCCACAUGCUUACUCAUGAUAUGUUCCGUGAAACACCAGUCAAUCUCGGUAACAUGAACAAGGUAUUCUGCUCACAAUGGCUCUCCGAUAGACAGGUGGUCUUUGGAACUAAGUGUAAUAAGCUGAUGGUGUACGACGUGCGCUCCCGCUCGCUGGACGCCAUCCCCACGCUGCGGCCGCGCGCGCCCUGGCCCGGCGCCGAGCACCAGACCGGCAUCCACGCGCUGCAGAUCAACCCCUCCAGAACUCUCCUAGCCACCGGAGCGAGAAACUCGUGUGAGCUCGCCAUAUACAGCUUACCAACCCUUGACCCAGUUUGCGUCGGUGAAGCGCAUAAAGACUGGAUCCUGGACAUGUGCUGGCUGGAUGACGAGUUCCUGGUGACGGGGUCGCGCGACUCCAAGCUGGCGCUGUGGCGCGCUCCACCCGCUCCACCCCGGCAGCAAACUCCUCAUCACCACUUUAUAUCGCCCGUCGCCGUGCGGGAAUGUCGCGCGGGUCAAAAAGUUCGCGCACUGACGUUCAACACGAAGUGGGGAGAAAUAGCUGCGUUGACGCUAAACGGUUACAUCCACGUGUUCAGUGCCAGUACUUUCAGACAGUCUCUCUCGCGGAAGCUACCCUCGUGUCAAGAUUUGGUCUGCCUGGCAACGCAGGAGAGCGGAAUCUACGCGAUCGGCUGUAAAUCUUACACGCUGCUGCUGGACUGUCGCACACUGCAGUCCGUCAAGAAGAUCACGUCGCGGUACAACGGCUGCGGGAUACGCUCCGCCAGCUUCCGCGGAGACAUGCUCACCAUCGGCACCGGCCUCGGUCUCCUUAUGUUCUACGACCUGAGGGCCGGUAAAUACUUGGAGAGCAACAUUCAUUCCACGAAGACUGUUACCCUCAAAGCAUCGAAAGGAUAUGUGUUUCCAGAUGAAGAAGCGGAUGGUUUCAAUCAAGUGAAAUACGUGCCAGCCAUUUAUACACAUUGCUAUGACGACAGUGGAACGCGUAUUUUCACCGCCGGUGGACCCUUACCCGCCCCUCUUAUUGGCAACUAUGCAGGCAUAUGGCAAUAG